UUAUACGCUUGUACCUGAUCCAUAGGGAUGUGUAACAUAUUUUAUGAGUGUCAUUUUGGCCUAUACCAUACCACACACUUCUCACAUAUAAAUAGAUUACUACUCUGCUCUGUUAGACCACUCCCUAAUUCCUAGAAAUCUCACCCACCAUUUACUUUACUAGCUAGAGAGCUGUCUUCUCUCUAUCUUCUCCUGGAUCUAGCUUCCGGUAGCUAUAGCACUGACAUCCAUGGCAUCUUCAAAUAAUGACCAUGAUCAGGUUAAAGCAGCAGGACUCUUCGAGAGGUUAAGGGGAAAGAUAGUUGAGUUUGGCUUGAUGUUAAAAAAACUAGGGCAAGAUGAUCCAAGAAGAAUUGUUCAUUCUCUUAAAGUGGCACUUGCUCUUACAUUGACCUCCAUGUUAUUCUACUUUGAACCACUCUAUGACGGUUUUGGUAUAGCUGCUAUGUGGGCUAUUCUGACUGUUGUGGUCGUUUUUGAAUUUACUGUUGGAGCGACGAUAGGACGAGGUUUGAAUAGAAUAAUGUCAACUGUAGUAGCUGCUGCUCUUGGCAUUGGAGCUCAUCGAUUAGCAACUCUUUCGGGCAAUCAAGGAGAGCCAAUACUUAUUGCUCUCUUUGUCUUCGUAGAAGCUGGAAUAGUGACAUUCUUCAGAUUUAUUCCCCAAAUGAAGGCAAGAUACGAUUAUGGGCUGCUGAUAUUCAACUUGACAUUCUGCCUAAUAUCGGUGUCUGGCUAUCGCGACGAGGAGGUUAUACGAUUAGGAUUCGAGAGGGUAUCUACCAUCAUCAUUGGAAGUUUUACUGCAGUUACUGUUUGUGUUUUCAUUCGUCCAGUAUGGAUUGGGGUGGAACUUCACAAUCAGAUUGCUACCAACAUGGAAAAGCUUGCCAAUUUCUUAGAAGAAUUUGGAGAUGAAUACUUUACAGUAUCUGAGAAUGGCCAGAUCAGAGACAAGUCAUCUUCUCUUCAAGGAUAUAAAAGUGUUCUAACUUCAAAAGGCAGUGAAGACACCAUGGCUAAUUUAGCAAGAUGGGAACCGGGCCAUGGAAGGUUCAAGUUUCAUCAUCCAUGGAAACAAUACUUGAAAGUUGGAACCCUAACUCGCCAAUGUGCGUUCAAAAUUGAAGCUCUCAACAACUACCUUACCUCUGAAGCCCAAACACCUCAGGAAGUUAAAAGCAUAAUACAAGGGCCAAGCGUGGUUAUAAGCUCAGAGUGUGGGAAAGCAUUGAAGCAGUUAGCAACCUCAAUGAGGAAAAUGACCAAAUCAUCCUCGAACGAUCCUCACAUUGCAAAGUCAAAAGAUGCCGCUGAAGAACUCAAAGCUGUUAUAAGAUCAAGCUUGUGUAAACUGCCAGCUGAUUCCCUGCAUAUAAUACAAGAAGGUGCAGUGGCUUCACUACUCUUUGAAAUUAUCAGAUGUACAGAGAAAAUUGCAGACGCUGUACAUAAAUUAGCAUCCCAAGCACAUUUUAAGGAUGUAAAGCCUACAGUGACACCGGACCAGGAAAACUCCGUGAAUGAUGGGCCACACCAUGUUAUUGCGAUUGAGUGAUCGGACACUGUGAACUUAGUCCAAGAAAAAAAGUGUACAGUUGUGUGGAUGCUUGAGCAGUUCUCUGUCAACAAAUAAUUGAUGGAAAUGCUUAUUUAUCUUUUCUA